AUGCCAAGAAUUAAUCGAUAUGAAUAUGGUAGUACAAUUUGGAUUAAUAUAGAUCAAAUUUAUAAUUUGGCAGUAGUAAAUAUCUAUCAUUAUCUUCAUUCACUACCUGAAGCAAUGGAGAUUUCUUCUCAAAUUCGUGAUUACAUUAUUAAAAAUAGUCUAUUAAUGGUUUCACAACUUUACAAUAAUAUUAAAGAGGAACAACUUGAUGGAUUAGCUAAUGAUCAAUUGGAAUCAGCUCGACAGUAUAUAGAAAAUAAUUCAAGUUUCAAACUUCUUUAUCAAAACCAACACUCAUUAGCUUUUUUAACUCCCUUACUAUUCAUAUUGCCAAAUAAAGUUACAAAAACGAUUGUAGAUCAUGAACAAAUUACGGCUGCUAAUAAAAUUUGGAUUGAAGCAAGGAUCCAAUUAUGUUACUGGCAUAUAACACGUCAAGAGAAUUAUCCUUUGUUGGAAGUCAAAAAUGAAAAUGCCUUUGCUGAUUUGCCCGAAAAUCUUCAUACUAUUGUUAAAAACUUAAAUUCUUAUGAAUUAAUUGUGAGGAACGAAUAUGAAGAUAAUCUGCAAGCUAAUAAUCAGGAAAUCUUUACAAAUCAAGUUUAUGAGCAACAAAAAUCUAUUACUGUUACCGUUACUAAUUUGAAUGAAAAAGAUCUCAAUAUUGAUGAUAAUCAAGAUCUAAUCUUGUUUCAAACUCGAAAAAAAGAAAUUUUUAAUUUGUUGGAUGAAACAAGAAAUAUUCUCGAAAAAAAUGUUUCAAAUUCAAACAAAUGGCUUGAUAGUAUCAAAAGGAAUUUUGAACCAUUAUGA